AUGGUGGUUGUUCCUCAGGGUACCUCGUUUCGUCCUACCUGGCAACUCAAAUCUAUCUUCGCCGUGGUAGGGCUGCUCAACUUUGUGGCUGCACUCGAUGCGACCUCUGUAUCAGUCUCGCUGCCGACCAUCUCCAAUGACCUUGGUGGAACAGCAACAGAAGCCUUCUGGACAGGCACAUCCUUCCUGGUAGCAUCAUGCGUCUUCCAGCCGGUUUUCUCUCUAUCAUCCGACAUUUUCGGCCGUAAACUCGUCCUCCUCGCAGCCGUGGCAUCCUUCACACUCGGCUCCAUCCUCUCAGCCGUCUCGCACAACUUCGCCCUUCUCCUAACCGGCCGGUCCAUCCAAGGCAUCGGCGGCGGCGGGAUCAUGGCCCUAACAGAAAUCCUAAUCGCAGACCUCAUCCCGCUGCGCGAGCGUGGCAAGUGGAUGAGCAUCCGCUCCGGCACCUGGGCGCUGGGCACAGUCGUCGGCCCGCUCAUCGGCGGCGGGUUCACACAGUCGUCUGCUAGCUGGCGCUGGAUCUUCUGGGUCAACCUUCCCUUCUGUGGCCUGGGCCUGAUUUUCAUCCCCGUCUUCCUGAAACUGCACCACGAUAAAGUCUCGCUGCGAGACAAGCUCGCCACCGUUGACUAUCUCGGCUGCGUUUUGUUCGUCGCUUCCCUCACGGCCUUCCUCAUCCCGCUCACCUGGGGCGGCGUCAUGUACGCCUGGAGCUCGUGGCACACGCUCGUCCCUCUGAUCCUCGGUGCGGCCGGGCUAAUCGCCUUCGCCACGUACGAGUGUCUCGUCCCGUCUCACCCCUUAAUCCCGCCGGUGAUCUUCAACAACCGGACUGUUUCACUCAACCUCUUGGGCUGCUUCCUCCACGGCAUCAUCCUCUGGGCACUGGUCUACUACCUGCCCCUCUACUACGAGGGCGUGCUAGGCUUCAGCCCCGUGAUGUCCGGCGUAGCCGUCUUCCCGGAGACAUUCACCGUUGCCCCCAUUUCCGUGAUCACAGGCAUCAUCGCCGCGAAAGCAGGCCGAUACCGUUGGGCCCUCUGGGCGGGCUGGCCGCUCUCCUCGCUGGGGCUAGGCCUGCUGUAUCUCCUCGACGAAAACACCCCAACCGCCAAAUGGGUCUGCCUGAACCUAGUCGCUGGCAUCGGUCUGGGCAUGCUCUACCCAACCGUCAUGCUCGCCGUGCAAGUCGCCUCCGACCCGGUAUACCAGUCCAUCACAGUGACGAUGACGACGUUCUUCCGGGUCCUGGGCCAGGCUGUCGGCGUGGCUAUCGGGGGUGUUGUGUUUCAGAACCGCAUCAAGGAUAACUUUAACAAUCACGCGUCACUGGGCCGGUCUGCGGAUCAGUAUGCAAGCGAUGCGUCGAGUCUGGUGGAGUAUAUCAAGGCUCUGCCCUCGGACAGCCCGCGUCGUCUUUUGAUUGAGUCGCUGUACGCGGACUCUCUAUCCAUUAUCUGGGUUGUUAUGUGUACUGUUGCGGCUCUGGGCUUCCUGACUAGUGUUUUCACGAAGUCGUACUCCAUGAACAGGGACUUUUCGUCUAGUCAGGGCUUGAGGGUCGGCUCUCAGGCGUCGGAUGAGGAGUCGACCAGUUCUAUUGCGGAGUCAAAACGGGCGCUGGUAUGA